UUUGGAAAAACUAGAAGAGCGAUAAAGCACAGAAUUGGUUCUCAUCCUGAAAUUUAUCAACUUAAUUUUCAGGUAAAAGUUCGAUCUUUCAAGUUUUAAUUUUUUCUUAAUUGAGUAAAGCUACUGUUAAAGAAGUAUAGAUACGGAGUGUGUGUUUAUACAGACGCAUGUAUGCAUAAACAGUCAACUAUAGUGUUUGGAGAGAUUGCAACUCUUCAGAAUCAGCCCUAAUGGCUGUAAAACUCUCAGCUUCAAACCUUUCUAAGAAAAUUCCGGUAUGGGUUUAUCAAAGUCUCUGUCUUUCUUCCCUUUCAUGUGCAAAUAGUGUCCAAAUUCCCCGAGAAAUCGAUAGAAAUUUGCCCAAUGUUUCUGAGUUUGUAACAAAGAUUCAAGUUUUGAGGAAUAAACUUCUCCCGGAUACCUUAAUCAAUGUUAUUGAUUCCACCGCUGAUUUGGAAUCUUCGUUGAAGCUGUUCAAAUGGGCAUCCCUUCAAAAGGGGUUUCGCCACACUGCUGAUACAUAUUAUAGGAUAAUCUUGAAAUUGGGUGUGGCAGGAAAGAUAGAGGAAGUUGAGGGGUUUUGUAAUGAGUUGAUGAGGGAAAAAUGCCCAGGUUUCGAAGAAGCUCUUGUGGCUUUGAUAGAUGCUUUUGUUAGGAACCAUAGGCUUAGUGAGGCUUUAUGUAUAGUUUCUUGUUUACAUUUCUGUGGUUCUAAGCCAUCUAUUAGUGUAUAUAAUCAGUUACUGGAUGCACUUGUCAAGGCAAAGAAAGAUUUUAAGGAUGUAGUAUAUGUAUAUAAAGAGAUGGUGAAAGCUGGAAUUGUACCAAACACUGAUACACUAAAUUAUUUGUUGGAUGCUUUGUUGGAGGCUGAUCGGGUUGAUUUGAUGUUGGAUCAGUACAGAAGGAUGGAUAGCAAAGGGUGUAAACCUAAUAGUAGAACUUUUGAGAUAAUCUUAAGUGGACUUGUUGCCCGGGAUAGAGUUGGUGAAUCACUUGUCGUUUUAGAUCAAAUGUUUAAAUCUGGAUGUGAACCUGAUUUGAGUUUUUAUACCUCUAUAUUGCCUGUAUUUUGUGAAAUGAAUGAAUUAGAGGUAGCGAGGAGGCUGUUUGCAAUGAUGAGAUCUUCGAAGAUAUCUCCAAAUUCAUCGAUCUAUGAGUCUAUGAUACGGUGUUUGUGCGAGAAUUUUCUCAUGGAUGAUGCGGUGCAACUUGUGGAAGAGAUGAUUUGUAGUCAUCUCGUGCCUAAUGAGUGUGUUCUUGCAAGUAUAAUUGACGGGUUAUGUGAAAUGAACAAGUUGGGAGAAGCUAAGAAGUUUUUGGAAGAUUUUAAUGUUGUGAGUGCUUCUCCUUAUAAUGUUCUUCUUGAAGCAUAUGUCGAUGGCGGUGAUUUUCUUGUUGCAAAAGAUCUGUUCGGUGAAAUGUUUGAGAAGGAUGCAACAGAUGUAUGGUCUUGGAAUAUCCUUAUUAGAUACUUAUGUGAAAAUGAGAGGAUGAAUGAUGCGCUGAAAUAUCUUGGUAAGAUGAUUGUUUCUUCGGCUACCCCGGAUGCUGCUACUUAUUCGGCUCUUAUCAUCGGCAAAUGCUUAUCCGAUGCAUAUGAGGAUGCCUUGACAUUGUUCCGAAAAGUCUGGGCCGAAUCAUGGGUUCUAGAUCACGAGUCAUACAGUCAACUUGUUGAGUCUCUAUGCCGAUGGAAGAGGGGCCAAGAAGCUGUGGAAGUGUUUUCCCUAAUGUCUAGUAAGAGGCGUGCUCUCAAGUCUAUAUCGUUUGAUAUGCUUAUGAAGGGCACUUGCGAUUGUGGAAACACUGCUCGGGCAAUUAAAUUACUAUCGUUGGCUUAUUACUCUGGAACGCCCCCUUCGACUGCCACUUACAACAGCAUUAUUCGAGGCCUCUCUAAACAAAGCAAGGUAGAUCAUCUCCUUGUAAUGCUUGCUAGAAUGACCGUAGAAGGUUGCACUCUGGACAAGGAAACGUAUUGCACGCUAAUAGAGAGCAUGGGCUCGCUAGGUCGUUCAGAAGAUUGCCUUCGAUUACUGAACUCGAUGUUCAAUGAGGGUUUAUCACCGAAUUCCGGAACACUUGCUAAUCUGCUCUCGUACUUGACGAAAAACUCUCAAUUGCACAUGAUUUUGCCUGUAGUGGAUAAACUCGUUUCCAAAUUCGGUAUGUGUGAUUCGUCAGCGUAUAACGUGUUGAUUAGAAGCCUUUGGAGAGGGGGAUAUCGAAGCAAGGCGGGCCAAUUGCUGGACUUGAUGUUGGAAAAGGGUUGGGUUCCUGAUGCUGGUACUCAUGCUGUGUUAAUGGGUUCUGUUGACAAAGAUGAGAAAGAUACUGAAAUAUGUGUCUGUGAAGAUAAAGUUAUCAGCAUACUUGCAGAAGGAUUAGCAGAAUUCUGAACCUAACGGGGAUAAUAUUGCCCCUAAUACAAGUAGAAGAAGCUAUUUAUAGGUUUCUGUUCUUUUAGAAUGCAGAUUACGGGCUUGUUUGGCAAUCAACGGUUAGAAUGCAGAUUACUUCGACUCAAAAUCAUCUUAUUUUAUCUUGUUCUUCCAUUUGGCAAGUAAUUUAAAGUAAAUUUUAGUCAUUUGUGAUAUGGAAAGACAAUUGCUAUUCUAAAGUAUCUCCUGCAAAACGUUCUGUGGAAUAAUAAAACACGAAACUGCCGAA